GAAUAUUCUACAGCGUUUAAAGAAACAUGGGGAAUACUGUUCCUAAAGAAGAUGAAUUAGAAUCGGAGCAGUCUUUCCUUGGACGAUUGAAACGACUAUUUGCAAGCCCUUGGCGGGGGAUUGGACCAUGGAAUCAAAAGGAGAAGAAAAAGCUUCUGAGUUCAAUUCUUAACAUGAAUAUCGAAGGAGAUGUAAAACAAAUUAAUUGUUUACUGAUUGGCCAGAUAUCCAGCGGUAAAACAUCUUUUUGUAACGCAGCUGCCACUGCUCUCGCCGACUCUGGUGAAAUUAAAUCCCCAUUUACUGUAUAUCAAGAGGGAGAGGGAACAACAACUAAAAAGCUUGACAUUUGCAAUCUGUAUGCAAGGGACAAAUCCAUGAAACUUGCAGUGUACGACUGUCGAGGUAUUCAUGAUAUUGAUUCUAUACGACUCGAGGAUGUGUUGAGGAUUGUUGAUGGACAUAUCAAACCCGGAUACAUCUUGAAGUCAGAUGAACCAAUAUCUGAGAGUGAUGAUAAGUAUCGCAGGAAUCCAACCCUCAAUGACAAAAUGCACUGUGUUAUUUAUGUAAUGGAUGCCACUGCUUCUAGGCGGCUUUUGGCCACAGAAACGACUAAAGCUAUAUUUUCUGAAGUACGACGAAUAUUGUCAGGAAAGCAUGUGCCACAGCUUGUCCUAGUUAAUAAGGUAGACAGGAUGCAUGUUAAUUUCAAGAACAAUUUGGAGGUUGUUUUUUAUAGCGAUUACUUAAAGUCUUUUCUCGGGAAUGUGGCUAGCUUUACUAAUCUCGAUGAGAGAAAUAUUCUUGUACAAUCCAACUACUGCACAGAAAAAAAUCCCGACUUGAAAAGAGAUUUUCUUACCUUGAAUAACCUUAGAGAAAUAAUGCAAAGAGCCAAUGACUAUUUUACAUACAUUGUGAAGACACAAAACUACGACGAAGAGAGGGAUUGAGGUACUGUUAAUGUGUAUUACCGGCCUUGUCGGAAAUAACUUCUCCUUAUUUGAUUAAAUUACCACGUUAAUAUACAAAACCCUUAAUUGUUCAAAAAUCAUAUCUGACAAAUACUGUACACCCUUAAAACAUAAUAUAUUUACGGGGAAUAAAGAUAUGAAUGUUAUAUCUGUAUUUCAUUGUUAAUUUAGACAAAUUGUUUUAAUGGUUAUCCUAUGAACUGUAGUUAAAUUAGUAACUCAACUGCAUUGAAAUUUAAUUUCAUAUUGAGAUUGUCAUUGGCAAAACUGUGAUUUGUAUUCCUUGCCUUUACAAAAGUUAUCAAUUUUAAUGAGGUUCAUUUAGAUGGUUGUGUACAUUAAGGACUUGCAAAUUAAAUCAAAUUUAUGUGUUUCUUUUUUUAUUUUAUUGAAAUGAAUUAUGCUUGU